UAGAGCGAAUAUGGAGCUGAGCUCUUCAGGCUUAAGACUUUGGGAGCAGCCUAUCGAGAGCAGAGGGAGUCUUAUCAGUAGGAUGUUCCCCAGUGUCAGAUGGAUGCUGUUCUACAAGCUGAUGUCAGCCUGCCAAUCUAUCCUGCACCCUACUCCCUCUCAUCAAGAAAAGGUGGGGGGAUGGAGAGAAUGGGAUCUGGAAGGGAGCAUUGUGUUGUAGGGCUAGGAAGUGCCUUUCUUUGUGAGCUGAGGUUCAAACAAGGUGUUGGGAGAGGCAACAGCGCUGUGACCAUAAUGACAAUGCUGUCACUUUCCCCCAUUUUCUUCCCAAAGUUCCUGUCUGUCAUUUGAAUGCUGCUGUAAGCAGAUGAGUCUUUGCUACUAUCAAUUGUCUUUCACCGAGAAGAUCUUUUAACAGAGGCUGUUUGCUAAAAUUUAUUGAGUGUCUAAGAUAAUAAAGGUGACAUCAGCUCCUGUUGUUCACUAUGGUAACAUCAAUAGAAGCACAAUGGAAAUCCAGUAAGAGGUGGUGUUUGUCAGUAUGGAUCAGGUACUUUGGCAGUAUGCAUAAAAAGUAAUUGACUUUCACUUCCUUGUAUGAUUCACAUUUGUUUCAUUGCUAACAUGUCAAUUUAAGAUCAGGCUGUUGAGUGUAUUCAGGCUUUGUCACAGCUGACAGGCCCUCCGGAUUUUCUAGGAGACUUCCUAGUUUCUUGCAGUAGUGUUGAAACUAUUGGAGUUGAGUUAGUGAAAAAGCAGUGGUGAGUAUUGGAACCUAAUUGCUGACAGAACAUGUCUGUCUCUCAAACUCACUUUUGGCUUCCAGAAAUCAAUCUGAUUUUUCAGUUUGAAGCUGUGUGGAACAUAGCCAUGGAAUGGCGUAAGUGCAAAGGGACCUUAAAGGUCAUCCGGUUUCAACUCCCUGUCGUGGUCUGGCUGCCACUCAUCAGGUCAGUGCCCCAUCCAACUAGGCCUCGAAUGCCUCCAGGGAUGGGGCAUCUUCAGCUCUGGGCAGCCUGUGCCACGGCCUUACCAUCCUCUCAGUAAAGAUUUUCCACCUAACAGCUAACCUAAAUCUCCCCUCUUCUAGUUUGAAAUCAUUCUGCCUUUUCCUAUUGCUAUCUGCUCAUGUAAAUGGCAGUGUCCCUUCUGUUUAUAAGCUCCCCUUAAGUACUGGAAGGCCACAGUCAGGUCUGCUUUGAGCUUUCUCUUCUCCUGUUCAACAGGAGAGGAACUCAUGAACAAAAAUAACUUACAUAGUGGUGGAGGGCUGUUCAUCAUACCCUAGAAAAUUAAAUGAUCUUUAUGCUAAAGGAAAACAUUCAACCAGAUGAAUCAGUUCUUCCGUAACGUUUUCCCUUUGUUCAGCACUGUUAAGUAAACUAUGAUGUAGUUCUGGAGCUUACUGUUUGCACUGACUUACAGGAUUUCUGUAAGUAGAAUUUGCUUCACAUGUUCUUUUUGAGGAAAGCAGGUAAAUGACUUGAAGGUGUGAGAGUUUUCCUGUAACGUGAUACCACAUCAAAAUGUAGUUUAGCCAGCCAUGCAUGUUUGUUUGAUUAAAAUUCUAAAGGAGGAUUAGUGUCUAUGGCAGUAAAUUACCCAAACAGGAGUGGAUGAAACAAACUGGGAGUAUUUUCUGAUAGCAGGUGGUUUGUGACGUGAAAGCCGUUAUUUAUUCUGGGAAGUGAUCCAGAAGCAUGAGCUAGCACUGCUUGAAUUUCCCUGCUUUAUAUCUUCGCAGUGUGUUCAAGGAUUUAAGUGGAAAGCACCCUCUCUCCACCUAUGCUGUAACUUAUUUGCCAGCUGACCUUAAAACCUUCUGUUCUCCAGUGUGAGAAGUGGACAAGAUUUAUCUAUUUGCUUGCCAGAAUCCAAAAUGUCACCCAACAAACAGAUGCCACCCUGAGAAGGGAAGGUCAGAAAUCAGUCUAUCCAGGAACGUGUUACUGGAGCAGCAGAGACAAAAAUAAGGAAGAUUUCUUCUAUCAAACCAAAGACUUGCCAUGUCUUACCAUUACAACAAAGCCUUUGAAAAUCCAGACUACCACUUCUCAGAGUCACUGGAAGUUGAUAGGAGCAGGAAUUCCGAAGGGAAUCAGUUCUCUCACCAAAACCCUUACGAUUCUUUGUCGUAUACUUACCAAGGAGAGCACAGAGGAAGAAGACAGAAUUAUCCUCCAGCCAUACCAAUGGCUUCUCUGAGACACAAUUCUGAAUACAGUGAAAGUUUACCAAUGGCUUCUCUGAGACACAACUCUGAAUACAGUGAAAGUUUACCAAGAGUUGAAGUCCUGAGCAGAAGUCCAUAUGGAAGAUCCCAAGAUAAUCUUUCCUUUGAGCCUGAGCCAGAAUUGGCAUAUAGCCCACGUUCUGCCUUCAGUCCGCUGGAUGACCCCUAUAAUCACAGAUUUUCCAGUGAAUCAGAAGACAGCUUUGUUCGGAGACGCAACAGAAGGCCAUCUGACAUCAGGACAUUUUCAACCCUGUCUCAAGCAACUCCGGAGUGCAGUGAAGAAGAAAAAUUAGUUGGAAAUCUUGCAAGCAUGUCCAAGCGUGAAAGGAUUAAAGCAAUCCAGAAGAUGCCAGAAACCAUGAAAAGAAAGAGAGAUAUCAGGAAUAAAGUUCUCACAGAAAUCACAAAGAAAUCAGGGGGCUGUGGUACUCAGUGUGGCUGCUGUACGCACUGUCUGCGCAGUGCAAAAGUGUCAUUUCGGCGAUUUAGAAAUACCUUGUCAGAAUAUUUUCACCGACUGAAUUUCUGGCACAAGACUCUGAAGAUCAUUGGUGGAGAGUUUGGAACAAGUGUUCUUUCUUAUUUUAUUUUCUUGAAAUGGUUGCUGAAUUUCAACAUCUUCUCAUUCCUCAUAAACUUUGGUUUCAUCACAAUCCCUCAGUUUGUUACAGCAGAACCAAAUAAUCUUUCAUUCACGGGUCUGGAGCUGCUCACUGGAGCUGGUUAUUUUCAACAAACGGUACUCUACUAUGGCUUUUACACCAAUGCUACAAUCAGUCAAAAGAAGAAUGGUGCAUCUUAUAACAUGCAGCUGGCCUAUAUUUUCACUGUUGGAAUAUAUUUUGUCAUCUGUUUGCUUAUCUUGGUGUUCAGCAUGGCAAAAUCUUUCUGCAGAAACUUUAUUAACCCUCAGAUGUACUCUGGCAAUGCAAGCAAACUUCUCUGCACUUGGGACUUCAACAUAACUAAUGAAAAAACUGUGAAGUUGCAACAAAAGAAUUUCAGCACACAGAUAAAGGAAGACCUCGCUGAAGAAAACAAAGAAACUCUAAAUUUUUCUGUAACGGAGAGAAUUGUUCGUAUUCUUAUCCAUCUUGGGUCAUGGGCUGCUUCCCUGGGAACAGCAGUAGCUGCUUGUGCUGGUAUUUACUUCCUCUCCGUUAAUAAUCUAAAGCUCUUUAUGAAAGGGUAUAAAAAUGAACUGGAAAGCCAAGCUGCCAUGUUGGUGCUACCUAUUAUUACAUCCCUCCUCAACGUGUUCAUCCCAUUCUUCUACUCAUGGCUUGGAAACCUGGAGAAAUUUCAGAAUCCCAAAAGCAAGAUAUAUGUUGCUAUUGCCAGAACUAUAAUCCUGAAAAUAUCCAUUAUUGGAAUACUGUGCUACUACUGGCUUAACGUUGUGGCUGUGUCGGAGUCACAGUGCUGGGAAACACUGAUUGGCCAAGAUAUCUAUCGUCUUGUGGUGGUUGACUUCAUAUUUUGUUUGCUUGGCUCAUUCUUUGGAGAAUUUUUGCGAAGAAUUAUUGGAACUACAGUCUGUGUGAGCCUGGGGGUGCCAGAAUUUGAUAUUGGAAGAAGUGUUUUAGAUUUGAUCUAUGCUCAGACAUUGACCUGGAUCGGUAUUCUCUUCUCACCUCUGCUGCCUGGUAUCCAGAUGAUAUCAUUUUCUAUAGUAUUUUAUGUUAAAAAGGUCAGUCUGAUGAGGAAUUGCCAACCUCCUCGCAAAGCCUGGAGAGCUGCUCAAAUGACAACGUUCUUCAUGGUCCUUCUGUUUUUCCCUUCCUUCAUUGGAGUUCUGUCUGUCAUUGCAGUCACUGUCUGGAGGUUGAAACCUUCAAAAGAAUGUGGUCCUUUCCGAGGUCUGCCUUCUAUAUACACAGCAAUCUCUGAGUGGGUAAAGAUACUGAAAAAUUACAUUGAUUCAAAAUGGGUAGCAUGGAUCUACUACAACUUAAUUACAAGUGAACUUUUCUUCUUCAUCCUCUCCAUCCUUAUCAUGUAAGUACCACGUAAGUCAGAAAAGGACAUGAAGUGGAAAAACCUGGCUAGGCCAUAGCCAUUCUCUGUAACAAUUGCAAAGUGCAUUUCAGAAUACUAGAAAUGAUAAAUCUAAGGGAAAUUCAUGUAUUUGAAGUAUGUAAAGAAGUUAUAAAACCUAUUCCUUUUAUGUUAUGAUGCCAAAGCUCUCCUUGUUUCAUGCUAAUUGGAGGAUAUACUGCUUUUUAAUUUAAUAUUUUUAGUUCACUGGUGAGUUGGCUUCCAGGUCUUAUUACCACUGCCACUGUGAGCUUUAGCAACAUCAGUGAAUGGGAACAUACUGCAUGUGGUUGGCAGGAUAAAUUGCUUUACUUAUUUACUUAUUUAAAGAGAUAUAAAUUAGAAGGAAAAGAUCUGUCAUUCACAAGGAGAAAUAGUACGUGUCAGAUCUAUACUGGAACCUUGGGCAACAUA